CGCGGCUCUUGAAACGUCCAGAUGUUGCGUUUGAGGCACCAGGCAGAGUCGGGAGCAGAGCCACGCCGGCGCAAACUUUUUCUCAUUCCCCGCUAUCCUGCUUGCCAGCGGUGAUGCAAGCUGUCAGACUGGGUUAAAGGACGAGGAGGAGAAGCUGUGAAACAAUUUGAAGCAACUUAUUUUCCAGUUUGUUUGAUUAGACGGACAUUAAAGCUGCAGCUGCGCAGUUUGGAACCUGUUUGCAGCGCGCUGAACAAGGAUAACAUUUAAAAGUGCGUAAUUUUGCAAAUAUUUAACCUCAGAUUUGACACCUUGCAAGUUUCCAUCAUGAUUUUUGUUCACUUGCUCCUAAGUGCCUGGAUGUUGUCGCAGCCAGCUGGUGGAGCCUUUUACCGGGGGCCACUACAUCCGGAGAUGUCUAAUGGCACUUUUCAUCAUUAUUUCGUGCCGGACGGAGAAUAUGAGGAUAACGACGACCCGGAGAAGUGCCAGAUGCUUUUUAAGAUGACCGACGAAAGGAAGUGCAGCCUGGAUGAGGACCAGGACUCGGUCAUAAAGGAUGACUUCACCCUGAUCAAGCGGCAGAUCGAGGACUCGGCGCGGGUGUUGGAGGGGAUCGGGAAGAGCAUCUCCUACGACCUGGACGGGGAGGACAGCUACGGGAAGUAUCUGCGCAGGGAGACGGCCCAGAUCGGCGAUGCGUUCACUAACUCGGAGAAAUCCCUGCUGGAGCUGGAGGUGAAGUUCAAACAGAGUCAGGAGAGCGAGCUGAAGGAGGAGCACCGGCUCAGUGACGACUUUCUCACCAUGAUCGUUCACACACGGGACUCCCUGAAGGAGACCCUGGACAUUUCCCUGGGCCUGAAGGACAAACACGAGCUGCUGUCUCUGAUCAUCCGCAGCCAUGGAAGUAGACUGAGCAGACUGAAGAACGAGUACCUCAAAUUCUAAUGGCAAUAUAUAUAUUUUAAAUGUCAACACUUUCUGGUAUUGGUAUCACGCUGAAGGGGACAGGGCAGGACUUUAGAGAAUGUUGGCCCUGGGCUAGAUCCACUUUUGGUCCCAUACCUUACGAGGUGUGUUCAAUAAGUAAUGUUCCUGGCCCGCUUCCAGAUGUUUGAUCGAGCUGAAAUUUUGCAUGUGAAGUAUUUUAAACCUCUUUAGACUAAAUAGCAAAUUACAGCUCUGAACAAAUUUUGGAUUCUGAUUUACUGGUGUUAAAAUUGAGUAAAGUCUGAGUUUUUGCAUUUGAAAGGACGCACACAAAGGGAAAUGAAAGUAACUUAUAGCGGUAAUGUCCCAUAAUAUAACCUUAUAAAACAUUUUGCAAGGUCAUAUAACGGGCACCAUCACCAUAAGUUACUUUAAUUUCAUCAAAAGUCUCCCUCUGUGUGAGUCCUUUCCAAUAGAAAUAGAAAAACACAACCAUUUC